AUGAACUUGCUUCAAAGCGGAGGGAAUAUUGCUCCGUCCAAAGAACAGAGAGAACUGGUUGUCCGCCGAAGCAGCAGUCUCUGGCUCUCUCUGCGCGAAGCCACAAGCCACCAGAAGCCUCCUACUGCUAAUAUACCAGAUAUCAGCCAGGGACUUCGACAAGUCCCCAGCUUCACAGAGACUCAUCAUAAAACUCAUGCGACUUCGACUAGUAUUUUUCUCUUCGCCAAAGGGACCGUAACGUGGUCGACGACGGACGCAUCUGGCUGUGCAGCUCCCAGUUCCUUGGGCAAGACGACAGAAUGCAGCAUCAGUAGGCCGCUGGAGGAAGACUUCAGUCGCCUGGCUGAGACAAGAGAACUUGAACAGAGUUUCCUCUUGGGCAUAAGGGAUGCUACCCCUUGCAGCAUAGACGAGAGCCAUGGGCUGAGACGGUGGCCUGGCAGUGAGGGUGAUUACACGGAAGAGAGCAAUUAUGUGACGGUGCUGGCUCUGGCAUGGGCGUAUAUUCUCUCCAGCCUCUGGGUAGAGUCACAGAAUGGCCGGAUGAGAUAUACAGACGAGAAGGCACCGGUUUCAUCCCCCUCAGCCGCAGUGGACGGCGGAACUCUUGCAGUGUGCAGUGAUACUCCGCCAGCUACGAGAUGCGAUAUUGAAUACCAACCACCAUGGGCAACACGCCUCACUAGCAGCAUGAGAUUGACUAUAUAUGGACCCUCAGGCACCCAGCCCACCACCGAAUGUCCUGGGUCAUAUCAAAGCUUUACAUAUCUCAGGGACUUUUGCCUCCAACGCGACCUUGUGGAGCAGGCGAAAGCUGCCCUAGCAGCGGCCCUCAUGUUCCCUUCUCAUGCACACCUUCGAGUCCCUCUCGCGCUUCCAGCUCCGAUGUACAUGGAUACACAGCCUAGCGCUGAGACAGAAACCUCUCAACUACAAAGUCAAGCCCUCGAAGAUUCAUUUAAGGUGCUACCAAAUCUUAUGACCAUAAGCUCUGCUGCUACUGGGAUUACUGCAGCCCUUUGCAGUGUCUUCUUUGAGCCGUCAAUUCCCUGCAACCUAUGUAGCGAAUGGUUAGAGCCCUUUUUCACAAUCAUUUCUUCCCUGGAUACGCGUCAACUAACAGCCAUGUGCAUGUUACGAAGACCGUCUAUCGGAGGUUGGUGGCUAGGAAGUGCGAUCACCGGUCUUCACAGAUACAUCUUACAAGAGGCUCGAAGCGGUACACCUCUUGUGAACCUACCCUCCUGGUGGUGGACCCAGGUACCCCAGUCUUACUUAUGCUCUCCAUGCUUAAACCCUAUAGACGGGCACGAUUCGUUCAUAUCUCGUCAGAAGGAGGCCGUCUUACUCUAUCUAUCCCAAGAUUCAUGGAGCUAUUCCCCACCAUGGAAACCACCUGGAAAAGUUACAAUAAAUGAUUCUCACAUAGUGGUCCAGGAACACGCCCGCUGCACUGGACAUUUUCUCUCUUACCUGUCAUGGUCGUGGCUCACCGCAGAUGGUUUCUGUGUCCCAGAUGCAGGCUAUUCGUCUUGGGGGAGCGCCCCAGAGACAUAUGACCACUCAGCGUGUUCGGGUAAUGUGAUGACUCCCGACUUGGGAAAAAUGUCUCAGGAGGCGUCAAAAGCCUGUUCUCGAAUGAUAUUCUGGGGUCUAUGGCAGCAAGGAAGUGCAACUCAUGACCGAGAAUUAUAUCAAUCUCUGAAAGCAUGGAUAGACAUGAGCCCGGAUUCUGAAGAUGAUUCCGAGGAAGAUGACUUGGAAUCUGGUGACUCAAUUGGCAAGCCAGAGAACGCGGAGAAAAUUCUAAAUUGGCUUGUUAUAAAGUGA